CUGGCUCUGUCAUGUGCCACCACUCACAUUUUUCGUUUGCCGCUACACGAAGCAUGGCGUCGGCCCUCGAACCCAUCGACGUCGAUGGCAUCAUCGACAAGCUCCUGAGCGUACGUGGCGCCCGCCCCGGCAAGCAGGUCAACCUCCUCGAGAGCGAGAUCCGCGCGCUCUGCCUCCACUCGCGCGAGAUCUUCCUCUCGCAGCCGAUCCUUGUCGAGCUCGAGGCGCCCAUCAAGAUCUGCGGCGACAUCCAUGGCCAGUACUACGACCUGCUUCGGCUAUUCGAGUAUGGCGGCUUCCCGCCGGACGCCAACUACCUCUUCCUCGGGGACUAUGUCGACCGCGGCAAGCAGAGCCUCGAGACCAUCUGCCUCCUCCUCGCGUACAAGAUCAAGUACCCGGAGAACUUUUUCAUCUUGCGCGGCAACCACGAAUGCGCGUCGAUCAACCGCAUCUACGGCUUUUACGACGAAUGCAAACGCCGCUACAACAUCAAGCUCUGGAAGACGUUCACCGACUGCUUCAACUGCCUCCCGGUCGCGGCGAUCGUGGACGAAAAGAUCUUUUGCAUGCACGGCGGCCUCUCGCCCGAGCUCAGCCAAAUGGAACAGAUCAAGCGCUUUGUGCGCCCGACGGACGUGCCCGACACGGGUCUUCUCUGCGAUCUGCUCUGGUCGGACCCGGAGAAGGACAUUCUCGGCUGGGGCGAGAACGACCGCGGCGUCUCGUUUACGUUUGGCCCCGAUAUUGUUAGUCAGUUUCUCAAGCGCCACGACCUCGACCUCAUCUGCCGCGCGCACCAAGUCGUCGAAGACGGCUACGAGUUCUUUGCCAAGCGCCAGCUCGUGACGCUCUUCUCGGCGCCCAACUACUGCGGCGAGUUUGACAAUGCCGGCGCCAUGAUGUCGGUCGACGAGUCGCUCAUGUGCUCGUUCCAGAUCCUCAAGCCGGCGGAGAAGAAGCAGCGCUUUGCAUACCAGGGCAUGGGCGGCGCCGGCGCGCAGCGGCCCGCAACGCCGCCGCGGAAGUAACGACGAGACCACCAGUCGAUGCUAGCUUCGCUUCUAUGCCACUUAUAUAUGCUGACUUGGAUGACGCAGCGUGUGUCACGCUUCCAUUGCAGAAAGGACAGGACGACCAGCGUCCAUGUGCACUAGAUUUAUUUCAUGGUUCAUUGCUGGAGCAGCUCGGUCUUCCAGGCCUGGAGCAGCUGGCGCAGGCGCGGCUCCCACCGCUUGAUGGCGUCGACGCCCUUCUUGCCAAGGUCCAAGCCGCCACUCGACGAGACGUGGAUCUCGUAGUCUUCGCCG